GGAAUCACCAGACAAUGAAAACAGUUACGCACAUACGCGGGGACAGAUAAGUAGUACUUAUAUAGGUUGCUACCCAAAAUGAGAUGGAUUUCAGCGUAAGAGGACAGUGAAAGAAAUUAUUUUGCUGACUAGAGGGCUCUGGAGGUCUCCAGCCUGUUGCCCUGUGUUUGGGGAAACGCUGAAGGUGAGACAGCGUCACAGAGUGGCCUAAACACUUCCAGUGUACCAGUGCACAACACGUCAGUGUGGGAUGGGCCUGACUCUGUGCCGAUGGCUGUGUCGUGACCACACUUGGAGAAAAAAGGCCCUGUCCUCUUUGUCGUGCUCGCCCUUCCACCCUCUCGCUGUAACCCCACCGUUCCGACUGGCCAUCCUGCUGGACGGCCCGCCUGCCUGCCCGACCGGCCCCAAGUCCUCCUGGAGCCCCGUGCACCACUCCCCCAAUUUCUGCCUGUCCCAGGACGGAACUGUGGCCCAGCGCUCUCCCGCGGAGCAGAGCACGGACGGGGUGCGAGGGGCGGAGGGGGCGCAGGGUGGGCUGCACGUGUGGGAGGUCCACUGGGACCCAGCGGAGAGGGGGAGCCAUGCCGUGCUGGGCGUGUCCACCCAACACUGCCCCCUGCAGGCGUCGGGGUACACAGCGCUGGUGGGAGGGGACGCUGAGUCUUGGGGCUGGGAGCUGGGCUUCAAUCAGCUGUGGCAUGGGGGCGUGCCGUGCGGCCACUACCCCAGGGAGGGGGCAGAGCAGGGGGAACAGGAGCGAGAGCAGCGCCCUCUGCUGGCAGUGCCAGGCCGUGUGCUGAUGGUGCUGGACGCGGACGCUGGGACGCUGGGCUUUGUAGUGGACGGCUGCUUCCUGGGCGUGGCUGUGUGGACUCUGCCCCUCGGGGUGCAGCUCUUUCCUGCAGUGAGCAGUGUGUGGGGGGGAUCCCAUAUCUCCCUGCGCUACCUCAAUGGGGGACCUAGAGAGCCUCCAUCACUCACAUCUCUGUGCCGCCUCUCAGUCCGUUUGUCCAUGGGGAAGGACAGGGAGACACCAUCUGGCCUGGAGGGACUCCUCUUGAAUUUCCCCCCAGGUCUAAAGCGACUUCUCAGGAACAGCACCUGCUAACACUAUAACGACACACCACCCUCUAACCCCCUGACCCAUCUGCCCUACAGUACACUUCAAUAUGCUCCUACACACACACUUCAUGUAAUCAACUGUGAUUGGCUCACACAUUUUGUGUAUGGUGUCAUUAGUAUUUAUUUGUAUUUUUUCCUUGCUAUUUAUUUAUGGUUGUAUCUUCAGAUAGGAACUGGAGAAUUCAUCCUAAGAGUGUUUUUUAGAUUCACUGUGAUGCUGUUUUUUCAGUAAAUUGUUGGUUUAGUAAUAGCUCUAUUAUUUACAAGAAUGGGCUGUCUAUUCUUUUGUAAACCCAUUCUAAAAGAGCAAGUGGGCCAAAUACAGAAUACAAAAUACACAAUCUAUUUUAAAUUUCAAAAGAAUAUUAAAUCUGUUAACAUCUUUUUUGGACAAAUUUGCGGACAGAGAUUAAGCCUAGACUAAACUAAGACUAGACUAAAUUCAGUUUUGAAGAUUCUUUGGAGAUUCUUCAUGAUAAGAUUAAUCUGUGUCCGUGAAACCAGUCGAUAAUAAAUUUUAUAUAUAAUUUCUUGUAUUGUAUUGUAAUUC